AACUGAGCUGUAUUUGGAUGGAGAGAUCUAAUACUGGAGCACUUUCGCCUGUGUAUCCGUGCUGUCGACGGUCAUAUGAAAAUCUGGGGACGGCGCUGCCACUAAAAAAGGAAAAUAUGGUAUUCGUUGUAUUUCCAGCCGUAUAGGGCUGCAGUGCUAGCACCAUUUAGGUAGCAAUGUAGGUAAUGUUAGCUGGGACGCUUGGACAGAAAUAGCCCUCAAAAGCAAACAGCAGCCUGCUCCAGUGUUUGGACUUCCUUUGUGUAUAGUAAUCGUCCGGUUUGCUGUUGCUCUGGUAUGCAUCUCUCCAAGAAAUGUUCCGCCUUCAAAGUGGUGCUGAGUGCUCUGCUGAUAGUGGCGCUGCUGCAGCUCAUAUACUUGUCCUUCCUAUCCAAGUUUCACGGUAAGCAGCAGCGGUACCGAUACUCAGAGCUGUUUGGAGGCUCUGGAGGCAAGAAAAAUGGGCACCAAGAGAAAAACUCGCGCAAGGAGCGUCUGAGGUACUCGCUGUCUACUGGGGGCAUCUUUGAUAACAGUGGGCAGUACCGGGUGUACAAGAACUUGAUCAAAAGUGAUUUCACCACUAAUCAGAAACCUGGAUCCGACCCCAGCGCCAAUGUCCUGGCUUUAGCAUCACACACAACCAUCAACAACCUCCAUCAUAUUGAAUCUCUUCUGGAAAGGUGGCAGAACCCUCUCUCUGUGGCCAUAUUUGCACAUGGGCAAGAUGUCAAGUUUGCCACCGCUUUGGUUUAUGCACUCAGCUUCUUCUGUCCUCAGAUCCAAGCCCUGGUGGACUUCCACUUGGUGUGCCUCUCGGGAGAGAUGGCCAGUUUCCCUGAGCAGGACCGGGAGCACUUUGCAGGCCUUGAGGACUGUGCCUCUGUGUUUUCCAGACUGGAGACCCACAGGGAUAAAUACAAGAACUAUGCCAUCAGUGGAAACAUCUCCUACCCCAACAACCUUCUGCGUAAUGUUGCCCGAAGUGGCACAGAGUCCUCCUACAUCCUGGUCAUCGACAUCGACAUGAUGCCCAGCGCUGACCUGCACGAGCAGUUUCUGGCCAUGAUCAUGAAGCGUGAGCAGGCCAGUGACGAGGUAUUUGUCCUGCCCGCUUUCGAGAUCCGCCAUGCCAGGAAGAUGCCGGCCUCAAAGUCGGAGUUAGUGCAGCUCUACCAGGUGGGUGAGGUGCGGCCGUUUUAUGAAGAGCUUUGUCCUCGCUGUCAGGCACCCACGAACUACUCACAGUGGGUUAACAGCCACGUCAGAGGGACGGGGACCCUGGAGGUUGCCUACACGCUCACCUGGGUGGACCCCUGGGAGCCUUUCUACAUCGGGCCCCACACUGUGCCCCUCUACGAUGAGAACUUCAAGCAAUAUGGCUUCAAUCGUAUUAGCCAGGCCUGUGAGCUCCAUGUGGCAGGAUACAGGUUCUCGGUGCUCAGCUCAGCCUUUGUGGUGCACCGGGGCUUCAAGAUCCAGGGGGAGUUCCAUGCCAAGAAGGACGAGGAGAACAAACACAACCGAGUUCUGUUUCGCAGCUUCAAAGAGGGCCUGAAAACCAAAUACCCAUCCUCUAACAGACGAUGCUGAGAAAAGAUGAGGACUCAGAGUCCUGCCGGUUUCAGUCUCAAAUUAAAUCGGUCUUCUGCUGACAUGGACGUACAUUUUACUGUCAGCAUAAGAACCCAAUUUUUUCCCUUUGAUUUUUAGUGGUGAUGGCACAGUGGGAGUUUAAGCUAAUCCAACCCCCCCCAAUCCUCUCUGAACAUGAGCAGCAUUGAAAUGUUCACUGGGGAUUUCUGACAAUGUCCUACUAGUCAGGAUCGAAACGAAGAAACGAGCAGUCGAGACUUAAGCUAAACAGUGUUGAAAGCAGUAGCCAAGACCACAUUACAUAACAGAUUAUUUGCUUAAAUUUAGACAGAGUUUCAAAGCAUAUGAGGUACAUAACCCAUACUUCAAAAAGUGUGAUUUUAAGACAUUUUGGGGCUUGUCUAGACACAAGAAUAGACACAAAAAGUGUAACUGCAAGAUAAGACCCUACAUAUCCAGUCAGAGACAUAUCCUAAAGAACAAAAGUACUAAUUGUACUGUAUUUAACAUGAUAUUUAAGGUUAUGUAUUUAAUGCCAGCUGAUCAAAGGUUGCUGUGUCUUUUAAAAAGACAAGCCUGGUGCCAAACCUCA